AUGGGCUGGACCAUAACCAUGAUCCUCAGUUCCACUCGUACCGUCCAAAAGGAGCAAGUGGAGGUGCUGGAUAUCAUAUCCAUGAACUUGCGUACAGCCAACGACACUCUGACCGCACUCAAAUCGACGGUCGCGACCACGGAGAGAAGUGUGGCCAUCUUGGAGACACAGGCGAGGCAGCUCGAUGUCCUUUUGCAGCAAAUGGGUGUGAAGGAGGGCAAGAGGCCUUGGUUGCCUGGUCUUGCUAGACAUGGACUUACAGGUGGUUGUGGAAGUGGAAGACAACAGGGACCGGAGCAGGAGGCCCCCGGAGGGCCUCCCACACACCCGCUUAGGGUGGCUCUUGGUUUGGAUGGAGAUACCUCUACAUGCGAGAGCGGAGGUCGGAGAAGUGGUACUUCAGGAGGAGAUUCCAGUGCAGGUGCCCCUGAUGCAUAG